UUUACUCCUUUUCUUCCAACACAUCCUCUCUCCCUCCGUCAAUGGAGAAAACCCUAGCCACUUCCCAUACAAAACGCUCUUCUCCGUCUCCACCCUCCGCCGUGAACGCCGGUUUCGACCGCAGAACCAGAGCGAGAUUGGCGGAUGCAACGGUGAGUGUAAGCGAGACCGGCGCAGAAGAUGACGACGAAGAAGAAGAAGGAGUGGAAGAGAAGAUUGAGGCGCUUCAGACGAUAGUUCCGGGAGGAACGGCGCUUGGAGUCGACGCGCUGUUUGAAGAGACGGCAAGUUACAUUUUGGCUCUGCAAUGUCAGAUCAAUGCCAUUAAAGUUCUCACUUCGUUUCUUGAGCGUUAUGAGAAAGAUGAUAUGAAGUUUGGUGGUUGAAGAUUGAACAAACAAUUUGGAACUCUCUCAAAUCGUUAAAAGACAAAAGUCUCCACUCUGUUUUAUUUAUUUCAUUUUUACUUCCUUUUUUUUUAUUGUGGCUCUUUAGUUCGAGUUCACAAUUUAGCUUCUUCUCUCUUUUUUUUUUCUUAAUUUUAUCUUCUGUGUUUUGUACUCCACAAAAUUACAAAAAACAGGAAAAGAUCUCCACAUUUCCUUUGAAAUUCGAAAAUUCAUCUAAGUUUCGGUGGACUAGCCAUUAGAUUGAUAGAG